AUGCUGCCUCUACAAACUUUGGAAUGCUUGCUAUUAGUUAGCCUUGAUCCUGCACUAUUUCCGGAAUUAAAAACCACCAUCUAUCAAAUCUCAAAUGUACCAGGCUCAUAUUACUCGCAUUAUCAGUCUUUCACCUCAUUUGAUACUAUUUUGAAUCUACCAAAAAUACGAUUGAACAAACACCUGGAAUCUCCCUUAACAAUAAGGCGAAUAUGUAGCAAAUACCAGGGAGAUAUUUUAUUUCUGAACAGGCGGUUACAGAAUGAACACAUAGCCACACCUUCUGAUUUCAAUGAAAAGAAAAAAGACCAGAAUGAUACUGAUUGUAUUAAGAAAUUAAGACAAUUGUUCAUGAAAAAUAUAGAUGGCAAAUUAUCUGAAGUUGGAAAACCAAAUAUGAAACUCAGUAUAUGCCGAUUUGAACUCAUAGUGGAGAAUCUGAGCAAAGGCUUGAUUCAACUAGAUGGUCCACAUGUAUGUUACGCACAAAAAUACAAUUCAGCUGCCCUGAAAUCAAACAAUUAUCGUGGUAAUAUCAUCAAGUUGUUUGCUGAUUCUGCCAUGCCUAUUAAGCAUGUUUUAAGUUCAAUGAAACCUUUAGCGUCGAUAACAAUAGGAGAAGAUAUCAAACACUUAGUUCUGGUACUACAUGAGCUUAGAGUUAUAAGUAAGAAUAUAAAAAGUCAAGAAUAUGAAAUGGAGCCCCGUCUCGGCUCAAGGGAUAAAAGAAACCCUGCUGUCUUUGAGUUUCUCACAGCUUAUAUACAACGUACGAUGUCGGAUAUACAUUUGCAUAAAUAUGGUUCAACAAGCUUAGAUAAUGCGUAUUUAGGGGGGUCAGACUGUUUGAAUAACAACAAGGUUCCGAAAAAUGCACUCAGUGACCUUGAGCCUGUUCGGGUAAAUUCGAAGCCACAUAGUUUUCCUACCAAAAAUCUAAAGGAUAGAUCUUAG